AUGACUCUACUUGCUCACCCAUGUCCCCUUGUCUCUUACCAUUUUCUCUUCACUCAGGCCAAUGCCAUUGGCGUCAAGAAGAACGAGCUCCACUUCCUAUACGAACUACACCCCUGCUUCUCGGCCUUCCCUACCUUCCCCAUCAACCUAGCUUUCAAGCGCACCAACCAAGACGUCUUCGACUUCUUGGGAGAUUUGGGCAAAACCCGGAUACCUGGCUGCCCACCUCUCGAUCCUCAACGCUCCGUUGACGGCGAGCGUGGCAUCGAAGUCGUCACGCCUAUCCCCGGUGGCAACCUAGUCGUGGAACAUCUUGCGGAAUUGGUCGAUGCAAAGACGGACAAGGUAUACACCCGGAUGAGCAAUGCUGGCGUCGCCAUGAAGCAAGGAGGGCUGGGGGGACCAAGCGGACCAAAGAAGGUUGCCGUGAAGGUACCAACACACGAACCAGAUGCGAUUUCCACUUUCCACACUACAGAAGAGGUUGCCAUGUUGUACCGGCUCUGCGGUGAUUACAACCCCCUCCAUGCAGAUGACGAGUUUGGAAAACCUGCGGGAUUUGAAGGACACAUCCUCCAGGGAUUAGGAACGUGGAACAUCGUCGCGCAUGAGGUGUUGAGGUUAGAGGGAGGGUCGGAUCCGUCUAGGUUCAUGACAUAUGGCGCGAGGUUCAGGAAUGUCGUAUACCCGGGCGAUGUAUUAGAGACGAAGAUAUGGAAGGUCAAGACCGAAGAAGCUCUGGAUCAUCUCGUGUUCGAGACGAUAGCAAAGAGUGAUGGGAGGUUAUGCUUAUCGAAUGGUUAUGCGACCAUCAAGUCGUUGCCCUUGGAGAUGGCUAAGCUAUAG